AUGGCUACUUAUUCAGAUACCUCGUUUAACGCUAGUCGUUACAAUUCCGCAAGACCCAGCUACCCUGAUGAAUUUUAUGACACCUUAAUGUCGUAUCAUAACGAAGGGAAAGACUCUAAUCACCAAUUGGCAGUUGAUAUUGGAUGUGGUUCAGGAUUUGUAACCUUUAAACUUGCUAGCUAUUUUGAUAAUGUUAUCGGAACUGAUCUCUCUCCCACCAUGAUUGCUAGUUGCAAUAAGAACAACACCAAGCAUGAGAAUGUGAAGUUCCUUGUAGGUCCUGCUGAAGAGGCCCCCAAAGAAAUUGCUGCAAAUUCUGUUAGCCUUUUAACUGGGGCAGAAUGUUGUCACUGGGUUGACCAUCCUAGGUUCUUUAAGGAAAGUCACAGAAUCUUGCAACCAGGUGGAACAUUAGCCUACUGGUUUUACAAAGAUCCAAUUUUUGUAGAUUUCCCUAAAGCGAAUGAAAUUUAUGACAAGUAUUGCUAUGGGGAAGAGAUCGGCCCAGACGGUAGUGAGUUGUACAUGGGUCCAUCUUGGGAACAACCAGGUAGAAAUUUCUUAAGAACACUCUUAAAGGAAGUAGAAGUUCCUUCUGAUUUGUAUACCGACGUAGUAAGAAAAGAAUACCACGCUGACAGAACAAGCGAAAGGACCACUUUAUACAUUGCUAGAACUGUUACCUUGCAAACUGUCUUAGAAUAUGUACAAAGUUGGAGUGCUUACCACACCUGGAUGAAGAAGUUUGGCUCUACACACAAGGAUAUUGCUGAACAGUUUGUAGACGAAUUAAGGCAAGAAAUGGGAUGGCUGGACGACUUUCAAUUCGAAAUUGUUUGGGAUACUGUUUAUACCUUUGCUAGAAAGAAGUAG